ACAGGGUGUCCGCUAAUUAAUGGUACAUGGAAAAACCACAGACUCCUGAUGUAAAAAUAUUACGAUUUAACUAUAAUUUACCUAUAUCCAAAAGUUGAUAUUAACUGAGAUACAGGGUGUUAAACUUAAAACUUUUUUUUUGUUUUUCCCCAAUAACUUUAACAAAAGUUAACUUUUUUUCACAAAAAUUUGUAGUUCGGGGUUUUUUAGGUCGAGAAAUUCAUUUUUUAACAAAUUGAGUGUACAAUGUAGGGGGCGCUGUCUGCGACAUCUUUUUCUCUUUCAUAAGGUCAUAACUUUUUUGUGCUUAACUGUAUUUGAGUUUUUAUUGAAAAUAAUACUUUUUUCAUAUUUUUUACGUAAAAAAGGUAUACUAAGUUGAAGUCGCUCAGAGUUACCUUUUUGGAGAUAUUUGUAUUUAAAUUAUUUAGUGCACCAUGCACUCGACCCCGGCUGAAUAAUUAAUAUAAUCGGGAAAUAAUUCGCUUUUUUAAAGUAAGCUAUGAGAAAGCAAAUGAAUUUAGAGACGCAGUUGUUAGGAAACCGCCAUGUUGUUGUUAUAUGUUGAUUAGUUUAAAGUUGUCAGAAAAUAUUUAAUUAGUGUUUUCUGUGAUUUUGCAUCCAGUUUACUGUUUUGUUGAAUUUUUAAAUGUUUCGUAAGUUGAGAAACAAUGCCGAGGCACAAUCUUUUUUCAAAUGCCGAAAUGAGGGAUAUGUUGUGUGUAUAUGCGCAGGCAAAUUUUAAUGGACGGGAAGCCUAUAGACGAUAUUCAGAACUCUAUCCAAAUCGAAGACAACCUGAUUUCAAAAAUCUUUACGAUCGAUUAGGAGAAACAGGUACAUUUCGUCCUAAACGGAAUUCCGCAGGGCGCCCGAAUGUUAUAACUCCAGAACAAGAAGAAGAAAUUCUUGUCCGCGUGGCUGAAAAUCCGGAAAUAAGUGCAAGACAUGCUGCUGCGGCAACUGGAGUAGGCAAGUCAUCCAUUUGUAAAAUAUUUCACGAAGAGGGUCUUUAUCCGUUUCAUUUCACUCCUGUGCAAAAUUUAUUAGAAAAUGAUUUUGCGCCCAGGAUAGAAUUUGCCCGUUUUUGCCGUGCCCAAAUAAAUGCCGACCCCAUGUUUCUGAAUAAGAUACUAUUUACGGAUGAAGCAACGUUUACACGUAGAGGCAUUUUCAAUUUUAGAAAUAAACACACAUGGGCAUUACAAAAUCCACAUUCAGUACACGAACGUCAUUUCCAACAUGAAUUCAAAAUUAAUGUAUGGUGUGGUAUAAUCGAUAAUCAUUUAUUGGGCCCUUUCGAACUACCGCCCAAUUUAAACGGGGAACUCUACCUUGAGUUCCUAGAAACACCUUUACCAGAUUUUCUCGAUGAUAUUCCGCUGGACAUAAGGCAACAUAUGUAUUUCAUAUAAGACGGAGCGCCAGCACACUUCUCUAGAGCUGUCAGAGAGUACCUGAACAACCGUUUUCCUAAUCGCUGGAUAGGUCGUGGGAGCCAGAGGCCAUGGCCGGCGCGAAGUCCCGAUUUUAACCCGCUGGAUUUUUGUGUAUGGGGCUAUAUGAAGUCGCUCGUUUACAAAGAAAUAGUGAAUUCUUAGUGAAGAAUUUUAUAUGCUGCAUAAAAGCUACGAAACGAACAAUUAUUUUUUUAAAUUAGGAGAUCUUUCAGCAAAAGAGCUGUUAAAUGUAUUGAAGUGAAUGGUAGACAUUUUGAACAGUUUUUGUCAAAAGCAGAUCUAUUUUUUUACUAAAUCUCGUCACAGUUUAAAAUGGAAAAGUUAUCAGUCGCAUAGUUAAGUUUGUUUUCGUUAAUGUUAUUUUCUUUCAAUAGAUUUUCUAGUGUCGUAGUUAUUUUAAAUAAAGUUAAUUAAAUGAUAAUCCAAUUUUUGUCUGCAUUUUUCUCAAUGACUUAUACUAAAACAUUAUUUAUGAUGUAAAAAAUGAUUGGUAAAGAGUAACAAGACAUUAUUGCUUGCUUGAGCUGCUGUAGUAAAUAAUUUGAAGGCAGAUAUCUCGAAAACGGCGACUCUGAGCGACCCGAAAGUAGUAUACCUUUUAAGUAAAAAAUAUGAAAAAAGUAUUAUUUUCAAUAAAA